AUGGCAGGGCGGCUGUGGGGCUCGCCAGGCGGGACCCCCAAGGGCAAUGGCAGCAGCGCACUGCUGCUCAACGCCUCGCAGCCGGCGCCCGGCGGCGGGGAUAGCGCGCGGCCGCGGCCCUCGUGGCUGGCGGCCACCCUCGCCUCCAUCCUCAUCUUCACCAUCGUGGUGGACAUCGUGGGCAACCUCCUGGUGGUCCUGUCCGUGUAUCGGAACAAGAAGCUGAGGAACGCAGGGAAUGUGUUUGUGGUGAGCCUGGCAGUUGCAGACCUGCUGGGGGCCGUGUAUCCCUACCCCUUGGCGCUGGCAUCUAUAGUUAACAAUGGGUGGAGCCUGAGCUCCCUGCAUUGCCAACUUAGUGGCUUCCUGAUGGGCCUGAGCGUCAUCGGGUCCGUUUUCAACAUCACGGGAAUUGCCAUCAAUCGCUAUUGCUACAUCUGCCACAGCCUCAGAUAUGGCCGACUGUACAGCAGCAAAAAUUCCCUCUGCUGCGUGUUCCUGAUUUGGAUGCUGACGCUCGUGGCCAUCAUGCCCAACCUGUGUGUGGGAACCCUGCAGUAUGACCCGAGGGUCUAUUCCUGCACCUUCACGCAGUCUGUCAGCUCAGCCUACACGAUCGCCGUGGUGGUGUUCCAUUUCAUCGUCCCGAUGCUCGUAGUCAUCUUCUGUUACCUGAGGAUCUGGGCCCUGGUUCUUCAGGUCAGAUGGAGGGUGAAACCCGACAACAAACCAAAGCUGAAGCCCCAGGAUUUCAGGAAUUUUGUCACCAUGUUUGUGGUUUUUGUCCUCUUCGCUAUUUGCUGGGCUCCUCUGAAUUUCAUUGGUCUCAUUGUGGCCUCCGACCCCGCCAGCAUGGCACCCAGGAUCCCCGAGUGGCUGUUUGUGGCCAGUUACUAUAUGGCGUAUUUCAACAGCUGCCUCAAUGCGAUCAUAUAUGGACUACUGAACCAAAAUUUCAGGCAGGAAUACCGAAAAAUUAUAGUCUCAUUGUGUACCACCAAGAUGUUCUUUGCGGAUAGCUCCAAUCACGUAGCAGAUAGAAUUAAACGCAAACCCUCUCCAUUAAUAGCCAACCAUAACCUAAUAAAGGUGGACUCCGUUUAA